UGCCGUCCCAUCCCAGGAUCCGCUCAGCACCCGUUUACUAUCUGCGCUCCAGCACAGUGCACACACAACUUUGGUCCCAUAGUCGGAGUGAGCCGUCCGCUGAAGAUGUCAUGAUCUGUUGUCCGCCAGGCAGACGCACGACACCAUUAACCCAUCUGGAAUCAUCACCUACAAGACAGCUUCGGUACAAUGCAUGCACGUGCUGCACCGGUACUCAAGAACGCAGAAGAUCUUCGUGGGAAUGCGAAGUCGCCUUACGAGCAACGCUGAUUGAACAAACCCUUAACCACAAGCAAUCAGAGGGCGUCGGGUUGGGAGUUGAGGGAGUUGGGGCACCCGUUCGUUCAAGUUGUCUUUUGAGCGCUCAUGUCUGCGACCGGUGCUACUAUGUCCCUCUUCCUAUACGUAGUAAGGACUACGUCAAUGGCUGUGGCACACAUUCCACAAGCUCGUUCGUAGGAUAUGGAGCAGGUGGACUUACUUGUUUUCUAAAGAGACGAGCGCUCAUGCGCAUGUCCGCAACUGGCACUAUGUGCAACUUCCUGUGUGGAUUACGUUGGAGAUUACGCCGAAUAUUUGCAGGAACCUCUACUUCACAUGGUUUAUUUCUGAACUCAAUACUGUCAUAUUGUCCCCUUGACUCGAUCGACCUGGACGUCUUGGUGGGUGGAGUUUCGCGUACUACUAUUGUGGUUCAUCCUGCGAGUUAAGAGGGAGUCGCUUUGAUUGAGAGCCAUCAAUCACUUGCAUAGAGAAGUGAUGAU